AUGACGUGUCAAGGUACGUGUGCUAUUUACGAGCUUCCGCAAGGAUAUAUACAUAUAUUUAAAGUUAAAGUGUGUGCCACGAACGAAUCUACGCAAUCCCAUUCUAAUCUGCUGAUUCAAUUCUUCCAGGCUGAAUAUUUGUUCAAGAAGAAUCCAGAGGGUAAAAUGUUCGAGCCGGAAUACACGAGGACGAUGAGCUCGAUCCUGGACAUGAUCGACAAGUACGGCAGCUUCGUUCUACCGGAUGAAGAACGGCAAUUCAGCGGCAAGAUGUUGGAACUUUCGAAACGGGAGGGCAAACAAUCAUCGGAGAGCAAUGGAACGACGGACAGCAGCGAGUUGGACGCGAGUUGCAGUCGGAAGACUUGUGUCACGCCGUGCUUCGCUCACGACGACGUGGACGCUUGCGAGGGAGGGGAGGAAACCGAGCGGACGGUAUCCGAGGAAACCUACGGGAAACAGGAUUGA